AUGCGACAAGGUAAUAUUGGGGGACUGGUCUGGAUCUCCGCAAAAAAUCGCCCAGAAACUAUCACACUUUACCCUAUGAUAGCAGAAGUCUUUAAGAGGUGGGACAAACUAAUUUGUGAGGAUUCAUAUGUUUCUACUUUUACCUCACCGACCACCCCCAUUCAGGAGAACCCGGACUUGGGAGUUUUUGCCAUCUUUUUUGCUUCUGCUGUUUGUUUGGAUGAAAAUUCGGUGACAAACCAAGAAAGUGAAGAAAAGUAUGACAACUUGCUUGAGUCAAGAGAGGAUAUAAACAAUAUUAACUCUGAAGAAGUUAACUACUGGAGAUCAAGCGGCCUAAAAGAAAUAAGCACUCCAACAUUCAACAAAUAUACAUUUCCCAUUCAACUUGAGAGGGCAUUUCUAGAAGAAAGAGACAUCAAGCCUAGUGUAAAUCUGCCUCUGCGGUUUGGAAGAGCAUCUGCAGAUAAAGUAGCCAAAAGUGUUCCUAACCUGCCUCAAAGAUUUGCUCGAUAUCUUUCUGGUAAAGCUCGUUUCCAAUCAGCAGUCAAUUUGCCCCAGAGAUUUGGCAGAUCAAUAUAUGGUGGUCAUUUUGUGCAACCUCUUUCUUCAUUACCCUUGAGGUUUGGGAGAACACCACAUUUUCAGACACAACAAUAUGAUGUGACUGUCCGUCCACUAGAAAUUAAUAAACUUCAAGAAGGUGAUAACAGAUUACAGAGUAUGAGCUACGAUUUUGAAAGAAAAUUACAGAAGUAA